UGGUACCACUUAGGGCAAUUUAGGUUUGAGAAGCGGAAGAAGUUGCAGGAGAAGGGCGCGCCGGUAGAGAACAACUGCGACCUAGAAGUUCCCCAAGAGCUAGAAGAAUAUGCUGGCGGCGGUAGAUACUCAGCGGUACGUCUCGGUCCAGGAGGGCCUGCAUGUCCCUCGGAACGACGUCAGCGUCGUGGAAGCGGAGAAGAAGAAGCGAAUGAAGAACACGAUCGACCUGGAUAGCAACACGCGCAGGACGAAAACGACCAGGAACAGCGUCAGCAGCACGAGAAUGCGGAGAACAAGGAGAAUGCUCAGAAGGGCGACCAGCCAGACGGUCCAAGCGGCCCGGACCCGCAGCCACGAGGCGGAGACGCAAGACGGCCUCGAUGAGCCAGCCUUCAAAGCCCAUGAAAUCGAUGAUGUGAAUUCCCAUUCCCUGUGGAACCCAAGGGUGUGCGGCAACCUCACGGGGCCGGGGGCCGUCUAACCCCGACCCCGCUGCCCGUUUCCCGGGAGCCGCGCCGCGUCGCACAGGUCGUUGGUGAUCUCGAUGGCGAUGGUGUCCUGCCCCGCCUGGAUCGUCUGGCCGUGGAGGGCGGCGUACACCCGGCGGACAAAGUCGGCAUCUCGCAAAAAAGAUUCGCAGCCUUGCCGGGGGAGCCGAAGGGUCCUGUGACGCAAGGUGGGCGUAGGAGCCUGCGCGAAGACCACGAGCAAAAUCGGCCCCAACAAGUGCAAUGCCGGUGGCGGAGCAGAGGUGGGUGAGCAGCAGCUUUAACACC